AUGGAGAGGGCAAAAAAGAAUGAAGAAAUAGAAGAAAUCCUUGCAAAGCUGGACCGCAUGAUGCCCAAUGUCACUUUCAGGGAUAUAACAACCACCACAAGUGCCAAGAAUAGCAAAGCCACCAUCUUGAACCAGAAAGACUCUUACUGUGUAGGAGAACACUUAAUGGUCCGACUGGAUUUGUAUGACCAUUCAGGACACCAGAAGGAGUAUGGAGGAGACUUCUUAAGAGCAAGGAUCUACUCUCUGGAUCUCAAGGCUGGAGUGUCUGGGAGUAUCAAGGACUUCAGGAACGGGACGUACCUGGUCAAUUUCACCUUAUUUUGGGAGGGGAACGUCAGAGCCUCCAUCUUGCUCAUCCACCCCAGUGAAGGAGUUUCCGCCUUGUGGGCAGCGAGGAAAAAAGGCUAUGAUAAAAUUGCUUUCACAGGUAAAUUUUUGAAUGGAACAUCUGAAGUCACCACUAAAUGUGGAUUUAACCCGAUCAGAAAUGCAGAACUGUGUGAGUAUCUGGAUGAGCGGGACCAAGAAGCCUUCUACUGCCUCAAACCAAAGCAUGUGCCGUGUGAUGCUUUUGUCAGUCUGCGGUCCUACAACAAACCUAUGUCCUAUAUGACAACGUUGGAACUGAGUCUUUUAAAGAGGUCCAACAUGGGAGUUGAGAUCCCUAAGACGUUUGGGGACAUUCAUGUCAUACAAUGCAACCAGACAAAGGCAAGUGAGAAAUGUAGAUUUGAGACAGAUCCCCCCUUUCCCAGUGGCUUUGUGUGGCAGAACGAAUGGCACCCUCUCUUUUGCCAACUGUCCACUUUCAACACCUUGGACCAGACCAUGACAUGCUUGAAAGGAAAGCUGGUGUACAUCCUGGGAGACUCCACCGGACGGCAGUGGAUCGAGUAUCUCACAAGAACAGUGAACACGUUUAAAUACCUUGACAGCCAUGGAACUGGGAAGCAUCGGAACCUGGUUGCUGUGGACCUGAAUAGAAAUGCGCAAGUCCAGUGGAUCAAACACCACCACCCUUUGGUGACUGUCAAUGAGUACCUGGUGAGAGAUCACGACUACGUUGCUCGGGAGAUUGACAAAAUAGCCGGAGACAAAGACACGGCGGUUGUCAUUGCUGUUGGUCAGCACUUCCGUCCCUUCCCCAUUGAACUCUUCAUCCGAAGGGCCAUUAAUAUCCGGAGGGCCAUCCAGCGCCUUCUCCUGAGGAGUCCAAACACCAGAGUCAUCAUCAAGGGAGAAAACAUUCGGGAGAUGGACGUGGACCAGGAGCGAUUUAGUGACUUCCAUGGCUAUGCUCAAUACCUUGUAGCAAAAGACGUAUUUAAGGAUCUGGAUGUGGCUUUCAUUGACGCAUGGGACAUGACCACUGCUUACGCCACAAAUAAUGUGCACCCACCCGACCUUGUGGUUUGGAAUGAAAUUAAAAUGUUUUUAAAUUACAUUUGUUAA